UUUAUUUUCUGUAUUAGAAUUAAUUAAUCAGAGAUAAACUAUCAUAAGAGGUUAAAGUGUAAUAAGUUCGAACGUUGUCCGUUAAUGUGAACGUGAGCAAUCAUCUAACUUACAAUUAGUAUAACCGCAUAGCAAAUAGAGAGAGAGAGAGAGAGAGAGAGAGAAAGGUUGAAUUCAAAGCUGGCAAAGUCGGAUCGGACGAUGCAAUAGUCGAACAAAUUUGUGCGAUUUCACGAAGAUAUCCAGUGUAUAUGGUACUGUUAGUGCUCUCACGUGUUUGUGCGAAACGCGACGGUAAAGAGGAUAAAGAGGAUUCCCAAAUACGAUCGAAUAAAGAGGAGAAAAGCAACCGCAACGCAAUGGGAAAGGGUAUGCUGUCGGUAUGCGGUGUAAAGCAGCAGGUGGUUCUGCUAUUCUUGAUCGAAAUCAUCUUGAUCGUACUAAUCGGAACUCUGACGACUUACGGACCUGAGGCUAACGCUAAUCUUUUGAAAAAUCAUGCAGAAGACGAUGGGAACAACGAAAAUGACAAGAAACCGCAGAGCGAUCCAUUACGUAUUUAUCCGAUGUAUCAAGACAUCCACGUGAUGAUCUGGAUCGGCUUUGGAUUUCUGAUGACUUUCCUUAAGAGAUACGGUCAAAGUGCUAUUGGAUUGACAUUCCUGAUCGCCGCUGUCCUUGUCCAAGUUGCUUUGAUCUGCGAAGCUGUCCUACAUUUCCAGAAAAAUAACAAAGCUUAUCUAUCUUUGGCCAGUCUGCUCAGUGCCGACGUUGCAGUGGCAGCUCCAUUGAUAUCCAUGGGUGCACUACUUGGUAAAACGACUUAUAUGCAACUCGUAUUUAUGGGUAUCAUAGAACUGAUAGUCUACACCAUCAAUAAGUACAUUGGUGAGCAUCAUCUUAUGGCCGUCGAUGCCGGUGACAGCAUGUACGUUCAUGCAUUUGGUGCUUAUUUCGGAUUGGCCGUCAGUUUCAUAUUUGGAAUGAAGGAGAAACCGAAGGAACAUCAUCUCGAGGGACCGUCCUAUCAAUCGGAUAUAUUCGCAAUGAUCGGUACGAUCUUUCUUUGGCUGUUCUGGCCGUCGUUCAACAGUGCGGCACUUGAAGGGGAUGACCAACAGAGAGCCAUAAUAAACACUCUCCUUUCGAUUUCGGGAAGCUGCGUGAUCGCCUUCGCCACGUCCGCUCUAAUUUCAAAGGAUAACAAAUUCAACAUGGUGCACGUACAAAAUUCUACACUUGCUGGUGGUGUUGCCAUUGGCACAGCCGCAGGUAUGAUGUGUGAACCGAUAGGAGCACUGAUCGUUGGUUCUUUGGCUGGUUUGCUCAGUGUCCUUGGAUACAUAUAUCUUAUGCCAUUUAUACAGAAACGGCUACGUAUACACGAUACUUGCGGGGUUCACAAUUUGCACGGAAUGCCAGGAGUGCUUGCAGGAAUUUUCGGUGCUAUCAUGGCCGCACUGGCCACGCAAAAUUCUUACGAUUAUUCCCUUUACGAGAUUUUCCCAGCACGAGCGCCUAGCUUGGAAAAAUUAAGCUCCGAGAUGCGAAAUGAUUAUGGUAUUUUACCUGGUCGUAAUAGAACGGCGAUAGAACAAGCAGGUUAUCAAAUACUUGCGUUGGCUGUUACUUUACUAAUGGCUACCGUCUCUGGCUUAAUAACGGGAUUAAUUAUGCGUACGUCCGUUUGUGGAUCGAUCACGGAGGAAGAAAAAUUCAACGAUGCCGUUCAUUGGGAAUUAGAAGAAGAAAACGACGAUGAUCUACAUAAAAUCUCCAAAAUUAAAGAAAGAAAUAAUCGUGUAAGCGAUCAAUUACCAAUGGGUAAUAUUUAAAAGCAAAAGUUUUGUCGAAUAAAAUCAUUCGUUAGAAUUUCCUUUAUUCCUUGACAUCAUAUUUUGUUCGUUUGUUCUUUUCAUUAAAAAAAAAAAAAAAA